AUGAGGUACUUUCCUAUCUUUGGGGAAGGGAUUUCAAUGUGUGUGGGCAAAGGAGACAGAACAAAAUUCUGGAAAGACAAAUGGUGUUCAGACAGUCCCCUUGCUAGUUCCUUCCCUCACCUUUUCAGAUGUGCAGUCAAUCAGGAGGCUACUGUGGCUGAUUACUUAUCAUUGAAUGAGAAUUCAGUGUCUUGGUCCCCUCUCUUGAGGAGGAAUUUGUUUGAUUGGGAAUUGGAUGACUUCUUGGAGCUGAUGUCUCUGCUUCUUGUUCAGAAGAUUGAUGUGCUAGGGGAGGAUUUGUGGUGCUGGAAAUGGAAGCCGGAUGGGGUGUUUUCUGUGAAAUCCAUGGCUGAUAAGUUAGAUAAUGUGGGAGGUUCUGAGUCCCCUGCUAGGCAGAUUUGGAACCCUCUGAGCCCUUCAAAAGCCAACUUUUUGGUCUGGACGAUGGCCCUUGAUAAAUGUCUUUCCAGGUCUAACUUGUUGAGAAGGGGUAUUCCAAUUCCGGAUGCAAGUUGUGUGCUUUGUGGGACCGUUGAAGAAUCUACGGAGCACCUUUAUCUUCAUUGUCCAUUUUCUCUACAGAUUUGGCUGCAUUCUCUUAAAGCUUUGGGCGCUAACUGGGUUUUGCCGAGAUCAGUUAAGGAUCACUUGUGUUCCUGGAAGCUGAAUGGUCUUAGUAAGAGAGGGAAGCUAAUGUGGAAGACAAUUCCAGCUGCAAUCCUGCGGUCCAUUUGGGCUGAAAGGAAUAGUAGAAUCUUUUGUAAUAGGUAUAAGGAUGUUGAUCAUGUAAUUCAGAGAGCUGUGGGCAAGUUGAUCUCUUGGAUUUCCACAUCUGGGGAAUUCAGAGGUCUUGGUAUGUCUGUUUUGCUUCAGUCUUGCUCCUGGUGGAGGUUGUAA